GGAAGCGUCGGGGGAAGCAUACCCUGUGGAGGGCGAAACGAAGUGAUUUGAUUUGCGUUGUAAAUGUAUUCAACCGUUCCUCCUCCACAACAAGGUACUUCUGGCAUUGAAUGUGACGGUGGAAAAGAGAAAGAAGGUCCUCCACGUGGAAUAUCGGAUGAAAAAUGGCAGAAAUUUCAGCAAUUGAGAGAACGUAGAAUCAAAUGCUGCAAGCUUUCAACAGAGAAGAGACUUAAAGACAUAAAGAAGAAAGCAACAAAAUCAGUUUUGGAUAACCUGACAAGUGAUGUGGAAAUUGCAGUACUUCGUGACCAAGGUGUAAUCCAGCAAGGACACAAUAAACACAAACCAAACAAAUCAUCCCAUCAACUAGAAAAACAGAAAUUUCAGCAAUUGAGAGAACGUAGAAUCAAAUGCUGCAAGCUUUCAACAGAGAAGAGACUUAAAGACAUAAAGAAGAAAGCAACAAAAUCAGUUUUGGAUAACCUGACAAGUGAUGUGGAAAUUGCAGUACUUCGUGACCAAGGUGUAAUCCAGCAAGGACACAAUAAACACAAACCAAACAAAUCAUCCCAUCAACUAGAAAAUAGAAAUAAAGCCACAAAGGGUUAUGAAAAGAGGUGGAAUGAACUUCAACAGUACUUUGACUCUGAGCCACAUCUGAAAGAACCUGGAACAUCUUCACACCACCCUGGACCUACUCCUAAGGAUGAUUUAGAAGAAAGGUUGGAGGUUGCAGUCAAAGGGAAGAGGUUUAAAGUGGCAGAAAAACUCAACAAGCAAUUGAUGCAGCAUGACUUUGCAGUAAAAGUAGCUCAAGCUGUUGAAUGUAGAGACUAUGCAAAGAGAAAAGCAGCUGAUGAGGAAAUAGCUAAGAAAAGAAAAAGAUCUAAGCCACACUGGGCAUUUGAGCAGAAGGCAAGAUGGGAAAGUAAAGGAAACAUGUAGAAAUUGCAUGUAACAUGUUUGUGCAAAACUGGAGGAUUAAGCAACCCUCCUGAGACAGAGCAAUGGCUUUAACCUUAAUAGCCCCAGCAUAUCAGAAGAAAGCAGGGGGGCAUAAGGGAGGUCACAAAACCAUGUACAAAAACAUUUAAAAAAAAAAAAAACCACAAUAGUGCAUCAAAAUUUACCUAAAUACCAAAACCGUAGUUACAAAAUUUAAUGUGGUACAUGUCCUCAUCAGUUCUUCAGGUUCCCCAUUUCAUUAGACAUGCAACCUUAUUUAUUUAGCCAAUGAAAAAACCUUGAUGUUUACAACUUCAA